AGUAGUAACAAUGUCGUGGCCGUCAUCACCUCGAAAAUCUAAAAAUAACACCAUUUUAUCGCCCGUGUGAAAUACGAAGAAAUUUCCAUAAAAUCAUUAAAAACCUAUCAGGGCAUUGAGCGAAAACCAUAAUAACACGAUUGUUUCUGUUCGACUGCUGAUUAAACAAUAACAAUAUAAUCACUUUCCGAUCGAUUUAUUUACAUAAUAUCGAUCUCUGUAUGUGGUAUAAUUAAAAACUAAUCUUGACCGACGCCUAAAAGUGUCAUUAGGAAUAUAUCGGGUCGAAAAUUAUUGCAUUUUCAGAAAUGCCAUAAUAGACGAGUAGAUACCUACUCGAAAGAAGUACCAUUUACUUUGUUAUUUCAAGAGUAUAAUUUUUUUUUUUUCGUUUAUUUUUGUGUAUUUAGUUUUUGUGAAAAUGUUCUACCGGAUUACUCUAGUCAUGGCUUUAUCUGCUGGCGACAUCCUGAUGUUCCUGGCAGGCACCUCCCUCACGUGGUCCAGCUCGCAGCUGCCCAAGCUGUCGCACCCCUCUACCACCCCUUUCGCCCGCCCCCUCACCUCGAGCCAGGCCUCGUGGGUCUCCUCCCUGCUAACGCUCGGGGCUGCUCUGGGGCCAUUCCUCUUCUGCUUCCUGGCGGACCGCGUCGGCAGGAAGAACACCCUGUUGAUGGCCGGAGUGCCCUUCACGGCCUGCUACCUGAUGAUGGCGUUCGCGACGAGCGUCGAAACGUUUUACGCGGCGAGGCUGGUGAUGGGAUUGACGGUGGGGGGAGUGUGCACCCUCAUGCCGAUUUAUGUGGGGGAGAUCUCGGAUAAAACCAACAGAGGGUUUUUAGGUUCCUUAAUGGCAUGCGCCACCUGCAUGGGCCUCCUCUUCUCCAACGCCCUGGGCCCUUUCGUCUCCGUCCAAAUCUUCAACCUCAUCCCAGCCUUCCUCGCCUUGGUCUUCCUUCUCCUAUUCACCCUCUUCGGCGAAGAGGUGCCCCACUACUACGUCAGCAUCAACGAAGACCUCCUUGCCAAAGAGGCCCUCCACAAGCUGCGAGGAGGCAUCCAAGACGUCGAGGAGGAGCUCAUCGAGAUCCAGGACAAGUUCAAGGAGGAGGCUAGAGGAAGCUUCGCGGAUAUCUUCGCGUCCAGAGGCCUCAAGAAGGCCUUCUUCACCAGCGUCAUGUUGCUUCUGUUUCAGCAGUUCUGCGGUAUCAACGUGGUGUUGUUUUACAGCCAGAGGAUUUUCGAGGACUCGGGGGCUAGCUGGUCUCCAGAAAUCUGCAGCAUCGUGCUCGGGGUAGUACAGUUCUUGACCAGCUUCAUAGCCCCAAUAGCUCUGGGGGAGUUCGGACGUACUACCCUUCUGUGCUUCUCAGGCAUUGGCAUGGCGCUAUCUGAGGCUUCCCUGGCUGCUUAUAGCUACCUCCAAAGCAGGCCCGAUUUUCAAAUGGCGAGCUAUCUCUCUGCCUUCCCCAUGGUUGCUAUGGUGUUGUUUAUUACUGUGUACAAUACUGGAUAUGGUCCUUUGCCUUGGCUGAUGCUAGGGGAGUUGUUUCCUACUAGGGUGAAGUCACUUGCUACCUCUUGCACCUGCUUCUUGAGCUGGAUGCUGACUUUUAUUAUCACGAAGCACCUGAUGAUGGUUUUAGAUUGCGUGGGUUUGUCGGGUUACUUCGCGAUCAGUGCGGGAUUUUCAUUGGCAGCUGGACUGUUUGGGAAAUUUUAUUGUAUUGAGACGAGGGGUAAAAGUCUCCCCCAGAUUCAAAAAGAGCUAGACAUGUGAUAUGAUUUUUAUAUAUUUAUUUAUAUAUAUAGGCUUUUGUUUAUACUUUUCUAUUGACGACAAAUAAAAUUAUUUUUUU